UUGAUUAGCGAAGCACUAAGAGUUGUACUUGGACAAGCCGCACCAAAUUACACCUUAGGCCAAUUUGAUCCCAGCACUUUGAAAGGUUCGAUUAUUGUUGCGGAGAAAGAUCUGCAUUUAAUUUGGGCAGCAAUUUCAAUUUAUGGUCAACACUUUGGAUAUUCUGUUGCUUUGCAUAUAAACUCGGUUCACAAAUUUUUGUUGAAAAAAUUUUUUUAA